UGCAUUAUUAGAAUGCACUGAGUUUGUCUUCAGUCUGAUCCCUAAACCGAGUAAAAUAAUUAUGAUUAGGCGAUUAAUUAAACAAAGAGCUAGUUCAUAGAUGCCAUUAAUAUCCCCCUUCUUCGUCCUCCUCCAUAAAAGAAAUCCUUUCAGGGAAGCGUUGAGGGAUAUAGAGAAGCGCCUUGCCAUGUCGAACGUCACCGGAGACGGUACUGGAAGCUUCUCUUCCGGCGGCAAGUCAGCUGGAGAAGAUGGUGUCCACGAGCGAAGCCACGCCGACGUCUCUGCUGCACGGCCGCCGCCGCCGCCGGGGAAGAAGAAGAGGAACCCCCCUGGAACUCCAGACCCAAAUGCUGAGGUGAUCGCGCUGUCGCCGAAGACGCUGAUGGCGACGAACCGGUUCGUGUGCGAGAUCUGCGGGAAGGGGUUCCAGAGGGACCAGAACCUGCAGCUGCACCUGCGGGGGCACAACCUUCCGUGGAAGCUCCGGCAGCGGAGCAGCGACGAGGUGGCGAAGAAGAGGGUGUACGUGUGCCCGGAGCCGACGUGCGUGCACCACAGCCCCGGCCGGGCCCUCGGCGACCUCACCGGAAUCAAGAAGCACUUCUGCCGGAAGCACGGGGAGAGGAAGUGGAAGUGCGACAAGUGCGACAAGAAGUACGCGGUGCCAUCGGACUGGAAGGCGCACGCCAAGAUCUGCGGCACCAGGGAGUACAAGUGCGAUUGCGGCACCGUCUUCGCCAGGAGAGACAGCUUCGUCACCCACCGGGCCUUCUGCGACGCGUUGGCCAGAGAGACGAGCGACGAGCUGAUGAACCAGCCUCUCAUGGCCGCCAUGGCUUCCGACCUUCGAGCUCAGGGGCCGAUCGCCGGCUUCAAGGGCCUCCUUGCCGUUGCCGACCACCUCGUUCCCCCAUCCCGCGAUAUGGCCGCCGGCAUGCUCUCCAGCUUCAUGCCCAACAUGCCCCCCGCCCCCUCGUCCUACUGCGGGCUGGACGAGGCCCAGCUGCUGAAGCCUCCGGCAGAGUCCUCGGCCCUCAUGUCGGCUACUGCUCUGCUGCAGAAGGCGGCGCAGAUCGGCGCGACGGUGGCUGGCGGCGCCAACAGGGGCGCCAUGGCCUCGCUGCUCGGCGGGUGCCAGUUCUUCGGUCCGGCCAUGAAUGAAGUGGGUGUGAUCGCCGGCGAUGGGUCCACUCUGAAUCAUGUCGGCCGGUGCGGGAGUGGAGAUGUGAUGACGGUGGACUUCCUGGGAAUCGAGGGAGAGAGGAGGCUACACAUGCAGCGGCAGGGGUUGGAGUUCGAAGGGGCGAUGCAUCAACGGAGGAUGAUGGAGACUCUGCAUGGGCUGCAGCAGCAGCUGUCCACCGAGAUGGAGAACGCCCCUCUAUGGUAUCUUUGACUCAUCCAAGUCAGUCAACGCAGCAACAGCUUUGACUUUAGUAAAAUAAAUUCGACCGAGUUAUCAAGAAUUGUCGACAAUUUACUAAACCAAGGUAACAAACUUUAAACUUUCACAAUAUCCGAACC